CUUUUCUUACCAAUGGACCUAUCCCAACUUGCAUAAUUCCGUGGACAUAUCUGAUAUCUUGCCCUCUCGUCCAUUGCCUUCUGGUGAGUGCGGAUUUCACGCAUUUCUGUCUUGGCCGCCCAGUGGGCUAGUCGUUUGACCUGCAGUCCCCUACACCCUAUGCGAAGGCUGAGAUCAACCGAGUCGUCGGCGUCCCAAACGGAGAGCCGAAAGGCGAUGUCAGAGAGAAUGAGGUGUAUAUCCUGCCGGGAGGAGUACGGCCCGCGCGAUGCUGGCACCUGCAAGGAGUGUUAUGAGGAGGCCAGCGAGACGGAGGAGGAGCUCAAGCGCGAGAUCGAAGAACUCAAGGCCAAAGUCGCCUUUCUCAGGUUCUGGUCUCCUCUUGAUAACUCCAGAUCUUCGCCUUCCUACCCGGACGUCAUUUUGGUUGCCUCGGAUCACGAUUCCCCCCAGCACUUCCCCUCCGUCCCCGCUCACAAGGCUGUUUUGGUAAGUCGUUCACCAGUUUUCAAAGCAAUGCUUGAAAAUGAAAUGGAGGAAAGUCUGAGUGGUAGAAUCAAGAUUAGCGAUGUUUCAUAUGAUGCUCUUCGAAUGUUCAUCAACUACUUGUACACGGCUGAGGCCUGCCUGGAUGAGCAAAUGGCCUGUGAUCUCAUUGUAUUGGCAGAGAAAUAUCAAGUGAAGCACCUCAAAGCCUAUUGUGAGAAUUUCAUGGUAUCGAAAUUGAACUGGGAUAAUUCAGUAAUGAGCUUUGCAUUUGCACACCAGCACAAUGCCAAGCACCUGCUUGAUGCUGCUUUGUCACUGAUUAUGGAAAACAUGGAGAAGCUAACCAAGCGGGAAGAGUAUACAGAGCUUGUGGAAAGGGAUCCUCGGCUUCUUGUUGAAAUAUAUGAAGCUUAUCUCUCCAAACAGGUUAAUACCGCUGCCCCAUAAUUCUUCCCUGAAUCCAUAAUUGGCAAGUCUAGCUUCUCCCUUUUCCUCUAUUUUUUGGUUAUGCUGAUAAAGUCUGGAUGUAAAUGAACUCUAUUUUAGUUUUAUUUUUGUAAUUUUAAAUAUUUUUGGCAUUUCUGAAAAUGGCCUAACUUCUCUCUC